AUGUUUGAGUACGUGGUUGUUCGGUCUGAUAAGAAAGACUAUCUCGUGAAAUGUUCACGUGAUGAGUGUAGUUGGACAUGUAGAGCAUCGAAGUUAGCCAGAACAGAUAUGUUUAAAAUCAGACACAUUGCAGAAGGUCACAUAUGUGCUUCAAACAUCGUACUCAGUACUCAUAGGCAAGUAACAAAGACAGUUGUGUCAACCUGCAUUAAGUACAAGUACACAUCAUCGCGCACCAUAUACACACCGAACAAUAUACGCAACGACGUGCUGCAUACAUAUGGAGUAUCAUUGAAUUAUGUCAAAGCUUGGCAAUCUCGAGAGAAAACUCUGAAAGUGCUAAGGGGUGCAUCUAUAUGGGGAUGGAAACAUUGUAGGCCAGUUGUUGUGAUUGAUGGCACAUAUCUAAAUGGACACUAUGGUGGCACCUUAUUCACGUUGAGGAAAGUAUAUGGGGAUAGAGACGAUUUGUGUUUUGUGUCGGAUCGUCACAACAGCAUCAAAAGGGCGAUUGAAAACGUGUAUACGGGAACAUGUCACGAGAUAUGUUCGUACCAUCUACUACAAAAUCUAAAAUCGCGGUUCGGGAGAUCGGGACAAAAUAUAACACAAGCAUUCAGUGCAGCUGUUCGUGCCUACACACUGUUGGAAUAUGAAUAUUACAUGCAACAACUCGACUCGAUUAAUGAGAAGAUAAGAGGUUAUCUGGACGAAGUUGGACUUGAGAGGUGGUCACGUUUCCACAUGUCUUCAAACUGGUAUUCCACAAUGACAUCGAAUAUUGUGGAGUCGGUUAAUGCGGUCACAAAGUCUGCCAAGAACUACCCUAUUAUAGCUUUGUUGGAGUCAUUAAGACAAAUUCUACAAUCUUGGUUUUGCAGACACAAGGAGGACGUCCAAGGCACUUUUACAACCUUGUCAAGCAAGUAUGAGAAGAAGAUGAGGGAAAUGAGCACAGAUAUGAGAAACUUGAGGGUUUCCCCUAUUAAUCAGGCAACGUUCUCAGUUAGCGGUGAAAGUUUCUCUUUCGUUGUUGAUAUAGAAAAUCGGACGUGCACAUGUAGGAUGUUUCAAGUUGAUCAACUACAUUGUCCACAUGUUUUAGCUGUGUUUGCGAGUAUGAAGAUGGAUCUAUAUGAAUACUGUUCCUACUACUACUACACAAGAAAUCCAGCUGAAUGGAUAGUACCAAAUGAUGUCCAUGACAUGGUUGUAAUUGCACUUAAUCAAAAGCGAAGUUGUGGAAGGCCUACUAAGAAGAGAUUCAGACCAGCGUAUGAGGAAAAUAUAAUCGUCAAAUGCGAUCGGUGUGGUGAAAGUGGUUACAAUCGUAGAACAUGCAGCAACUUAGUUCCGUUAAGUCAAAACAACAAGAAUAAAGAGAGGAAGAGGACGAAGACUGGAAAUACACAUUGA